AUGGAUUGGGACGUGAUAUGCUUAAAUGGAGGUAGUUGGAGUGGAAACUCUUGCAUCUGUCCCACUGGUUACAAUGGAGAGCAAUGUGAGGAGAAGGACAUUGUGUGCGAGAAUGGGGGCACCUGGGAUGGAAUCAAAUGCAUCUGCAGUGUCCUCUUCUAUGGCACUAAGUGUGAAUUGGUUUCAGACAGCCUUCCCAUAGGAACUCCUCCAGAAGAGGUCAAUGCUACCGUGGGAGUGAAAGUGACUGUGACCAAUAUGGAAUUUACAAAGGACUUAGAAAACACAUCUUCGGAUGCCUACAAGAGUUUCGCUGAACUGUUCAAAACACAGAUGGAUACCAUUUUCCAAAACGUCUCUCACUAUGUUGGUGUGGAGAUCAAGAAGCUUUCAAAUGGCAGUAUACUGGUGGAGUAUGAUGUGAUCCUGUCAACAAGUUUCACCCCAGAUUACAUGACAGAAUUGGAGACUAGUGCAAAGAAGGUAGAGGAAACAAUUACAACAGUAAUCAUUGAGCAAGGAGACACAAACUGCACAGAAAUAUUAUGUUUCAACCCCAACGAGACAUCAGUGGAUGAGCUUAUAGUUUCCUAUGAUCCUCUGGUGGAAUGCCAAGAGACUGCUGGAGAAUUUAAGGAAUUCUUCUACAUUGACUACAAGGACGAAACACCAGAGUGUAUUAACAGAUGCAUGCAAGGCUUCAACUCAUCACUGGACUGCAACCAGGGAAAGUGUCUGUUCCAGCAGAGUGGGUCUCGGAUAGGGCCUCGAUGCUUCUGUUUCACAACAGAUACACACUUGGUACUGGGGAGAAACCUGUGA